UCUCUGUAUUUAUAGGUUACUAAUAAACUACUGGUGUUUGGCAUAUUGGUUAAUUUGUCUUCAGUGAUGCUUUUCGAAAACCAGUAUGGUGCCCCUUUGAGGAAAUAUUGUUGUUUUGUUGCCUUAAAUGAUUGAACAGUAAACAUUUCGUGAAGCGUAUUGGGUGCAACUCCGAAGUGUAUGGAACAAUCCAUUACAAUGUACGCAGUGAUACCACAGUCUCAUACGUCGCUAGCUUGCAGCUUCAGGGUUCAGAUGAUCUUUGGUAUUGUAAUGUAUUGGAUGAUGAUAAUGUGUUUUGGGUGUGAACAAAGUGUUAGGGAGGAUGUGUUGUGAUGUAGAUUGGGUAUUUCCAGCACUAAGGAAACCUUCUCGUCUGUGGAAUGUUGCUAGUACCGUCACACUUUCUGCUGUUGGAAUGUUCAGUAAAUUAAUUACAGAAUGGCUGAACACCACAAAGGUCUACAACCGUGACAUCUUGAUUCACGCACUAGAGAACAGACCACCCACUGUACCACUGAUAACAGUUUCAAAUCACUAUUCCUGCUUUGAUGAUCCAGGCUUAUGGGGUUGUUUAGGCUUGAAGCAUUUACUGAAUCGUGAAAUUAUGAGAUGGUCCUUGGCGGCACACGACAUAUGCUUCACAAAUAUGUUUCAUUCAUACUUUUUUAUGUUGGGAAAGUGUGUACCUGUAGUUAGAGGGAAAGGUGUAUAUCAGCAAGCGUUAGAUUUUUGUCUGGAGCAGCUGUCAAAGGGAAACUGGAUUCAUGUGUUUCCAGAAGGACGUGUUAAUAUGGCCAAAGACUACAUGAGAUUGAAAUGGGGUAUUGGCCGUCUGAUAUAUGAAUGCCCAAAACUUCCACUUGUUAUUCCGAUGUGCCAUAUUGGAAUGGAUAACAUAUUGCCAAACACUCCACCCUACAUUUUACGAAUGGGAAAGAAAGUGACUUUAAAUUUUGGUAAACCUAUUGAUUUCAGAAAUAUGCUGCAUGGUCUCAGAGAAAGUAAUGUCCCUCCACAGGAGGCAAGAAAAGUUAUCACUGACAAAAUAGAAAACACACUGAUGCUGCUGAAGGCAGAAACUGAAAGACUUCAUCUUAUUACCCUGCAAUCUUGACAUUAAAAUAUUUGUUGCAUUUUUCUUCAAAAUGUUGGAGGUUUUGGUGAUGCGGGCAUUAACUUGCUGAGCAUGAGACUGCAAAGUCUAAUAUUGAAGGAAAAAGUCUUACAUUUAUAUUUUUGCUAGUCAUUUUUUAAAUUAUUUUUAUAGUUCUCUGCAAAUUAUUUACAAAAAGGAACUUCUGAAGACUAUAAAAGCACAAAUCUUGUUAUUGAUGUUUGUAAAUUCCAUCCAUUGUAAUAUAUAGGCCUACACGGGACUCAAAGUAUUAUGUGAGUUUUAGUUGCCACAGUGGUUAUGUUGUGUGCACUCAUCUCAUCCUGUUAAGACCUGUAAGCCCUGGGUAAUUUUACAGUAUUGGUGGUCUAAACCUUCAUGCUUUAAAAAAAGAAGUUAAAAGUAAGUUAAAACUCACAAAAAAGUUUGUUAGUCAUUUGUGUGACAUGGAACAUAUAAUUUGUUAUUAUUUUAUCCUGGAGGCAUGGAAUUAUGCCCCAACGUUUUUCAGCAAUUGCACUGUGGAUAAGUGCAAAGUAAGAGAAAUGCUGCCCCCUUCAUCCUUUCUACUUCCUCCCCCCCCCCCUCUCUCUCUCUCUCUCUCUCUCUCUCUCUCUCUCUCUCUCUCUCCAGCUCUAGUCAGAUGAACUGAAUUGUGAAUUUAUAAUUUCUUGGCAACAAAAGAGAUAAACUGAAGUGAAACGAAUUAUUGAAAAAAUCAUUUUAUGCUGUUCAUUGUAUAUGUACCAGUAAUUUAGUACCUAUGACAUAUAUUACAGUGUAAUAACAAAUUUUGUUGUGUGUUGAUGUCCUCUUGUGUCACAAGUUGUGUGCUAACUUGAUGGAAGAACCGGAUUUGUGGAAGAAACUGUAUCCGAGACACAGUUGCUGGUGCAUCACUCUUAAGUAUCCAACUUAAGAUUUGUAAUAAUAUGGUUCUAUUUCGACAAGUGCAGCAGGUGGAACAACACAUUCUAGUCAUUGAAUCAGUGCCUUCAUGUGUAUUGUCGUUUUACUGUCUUUUGGUAUUACUGGUAAACAUGAAUAAUUAUGGUGAAGUUGAAAUCAACUGGUGUAUUUGAAAGCAUGUUUAAAAUAACUAAAAUGUGUGAAAGCUAUUUUUUGAUGAAGAUAAAGUGAGAGCUUUGCCAAAUGGUAAUUUGCUGUAUCAUAAGUAAUCCGUUGGUAGCAUUUCUAGGUGCCUGCCAAAUAUUAUAGAAAAGCAAAAUGAUUUUGUGCUACAUCAUCCCUCUUGACAGCUAUUUUCUAAACGUUAAUUGUGACAAGUUUGUUGUCCCAGAUAUUUUUAUAUUCCAUUAUUGUGUACCUGAAAAAAAAAAAAACUACAGAUUAUAAAGCAGUUUAAAGUUACACUUGUUUCAUUUAAAUCUCAUGUUGACUUUCUCAUUAUUAUAA